GUCACUGUUGUUCACGCGCGGCGCGCCUAUAAAAAGACAUCCUGACCGCGAGUCAAGUAGAAGUGAGAAUACACAAGCUGAGAAGUGACCCCUGCGCUAAUUUGUGACGCUCCCACGGGGUCAAAGAUAUGGAGAGCGGGGAGAUCCGCGACUCGGAAAAGAAGCGCAGAAGACGCUGCUUCAUUCUGGCUGUGACCGCGGUGGUCCUUCUUGUGAUUAUCCUCGCUGUUGUGUUAGGAGUGACCCUAAGUCGGGGAAGAGAAGAGUUUAAAGACACGUUCAUGGAGAGAUGUCAGAAGUUCAAAGGGUAUGACUGCAAACGUAUAUGGGAAUUAUUUCAGCAAGCCUACGUGAACCAAGAUCCUUGUGAAGUUCCCCCAAACGCCUACGAUCCCCUUAUUGCUGCAGCUCCCUUGGAAUCUUCAUGCAACAGACUGUUGUUCUGGAGCAAAACAAAUGACGUGGUCCAAGGCUUUGCUAGGAAGAACGACUGUUUUCAGACUGUGGAGGAAACCCUGCUAGGAUCAGUCCUGAACAGCAUGACCUGGUGUGGAAAGAAGGGCAGCAAUGAAACGCUUACCACUGACUGCCCUGGAUGGCUUGACUGUGAGAACAAUCCUCCUCGCUCUUUCUGGAGAAGAGUCUCGACUGCGUUUGGAGACGCUGCCUGUGGAAACGUCACCGCGAUGCUAAACGGUUCCAUCAUAAUGCCGUUCGAUCCCAAAAGUAUUUUUGGCAGCAUUGAGGUGAAGAGGUUUAAGUCUCCCAGGGUGAAAAACCUGAAUGUUGUUCUGGUCAUCCAGAGGAACUCUGUAACAAACUGCACAAAUCCAUCUUUACAAAACGUGGUGAAGGAGUUGGACAAAGGGAUCAGUUACAGCUGCUUGGAAGUGCCCAGGUCUCAAAUUGAGGAGUGUGGCUCUGACCUGGAGAAACCUUGUGGUACCUGUUGGUGAUACUGAAAGAACCAACACAUGGAACUAUUUUAAACCAAUCUUAACAAUCUUUUAAUAUUUGUUGGUCAGUACAGCACGGAUCAUGUCUUUUUAUUAUCAAGGUUGUAAAUAGGGAAUUAUUAUUAUUAUUAUUAUUAUUAUUAUUAUUAUUAUUAUUAUUAUUAUUAUUAUUAUUAUUAUUAUUAUGUGGAAUCUAUAAAUUCUUUAUAAAUUGAAGAACAUUACGGACGACCCACAGGAUCAACUUCAUGAACCUCCUAUGAAACAAUCUAUCUUCAGUCAAGAGACUUUAUCUCGGCCGCUGUUAUACAGACUGCUACAGGAGAUCCUUCCUGCCCAGAGUCAUCUGCAACUCUUUGAUGAUACUUGGAUAAUGUGAAUAAAAUCAGAAAUUGAUUUCCCUUUGGGGUUUGAAGUAUUUCUGGCUUGAAUUGUUUUUGUUGUUCUAUUUGUGAGAUUUGUUCUUUAUCCUUCCACAGCCACCAGAGGUCCUCGUUUCACUUGUUUUUGGUUAGCUCAUGUCAUUGCCUGAAUGUGUUGGGUUUCCUUUUUCAAAGGUAGAUUUAGUACUUUAUUUUGGAUUAUUCCUUAUGCUAAGCCUUUAAUGUUUCAGGUGUUUAGUAUAUCUAAAUUGCUCUAACGUCUGCAUGUGUUAUUUUAGUCCUUUCUGGUGACCUUCUGGUGUAACCUGCCUCUUGUCUGAUGGAGAUAAACUCUGGCCACUCAACAACCAAAUGAGUUGCUGCAUCAAAAUAAAGUUGUAAAAACUACAAAAAUUAUAUCAACAUUUAUGAUAGAUUAUGUCAAAAUGCAACCUGUUUUGUAAGCUUCAAAAAAACGUGCAAUCCUUGCAUUAUCAUCCUGUUGCAGAAUUUCUAAGUGAACAUUUUAUAAGAAAAUUAUUAUUUUGACAACUUUUUCAAUUUUUAAUGUCUCUUCUCUACCGGAAAACAAACCAUUUAAAGGUGAAAUAAAAUAAAAAACCCAUCAACAAA